GUCUCAUGAGCAUGUAGUCAGACAUCCGGCUACGUACACAGCUACGUAGGGCCUCUGUUAUCAUGUGCUACUCUGAUACAGAAGGAACAUUCAGUAUUUCCAAACAAAAGUGAUGAAUAUGUCCUUUCACCAAUCAGAGAACUGAGACUUUAACAAUCAACCAAUUGCAGCGCUGGGCUCCGGAGACGACGGCUGGUCGAUGACGGUGCAGCCGGAGGUCCGGGCCCUGGAGGGUUACCCCGUGGUGCUGCCCUGCACCUUCAGCCACCCGCAGCACUCCCAGCAUACAUCUCUGCAGCUGCUGUGGCGUCUGGGCCACGGGCAGGGCGCCUCCGUCCUGUUCCGCUGCACCAGCCGGACAGGGGCCCCCAGCUGCGAGCCGGGCCCCCAGCAGGACCAGCGGUACCGGCUGGAGGGGAACCCGCGGGAGCACGACCUGUCGCUGAGGAUCAACAGCGCCGCCCUGCAGGACAGCGGGCGCUACUACUGCCGGGUGGAGGUGCAGGGCCGGGACCACGUCAGCUUCGAGGACAAGAUAGGGACCCGGCUCAGAGUGGAGGCUGUGUCUUGUCUUGUGUGUUUAGUCUUGCUUGCCCUUGUGUCCCUUGUCAGUUCGUCGUCGUUUUAUGGUGGUUUGGUUCCUGUUCCCGGUGUUCUGGAUUUCCCUGUUCCGCCCUCCUGUGGUCCCGCUCCUCCUAAGAUCCUCUCUCUGUGGGCGGAGGGCAGCGAGCAGUCUGGGUUCACCGCCCUGUGUCGGGUGCAGGGUUCCCCGCCGCCGGACGUCCAGUGGCUGGGUACCGAGGGGUCCAUGCUGGAGGGGGCCAUGCUGGAGGGGGCCAUGCUGGAGGGGUCCCACCCCCUGGCUCAAGGCUCCAGGGAGUGUUUCCAAACGGUGAGCCAGCUGAGGGACGUGUCCCCGGGGCAGCAGUACACCUGCAGCGCCUCAAAUCCACUGGGCAAGGACCAGGCCGUCCUGUACGUGCUGCCCCCCCGACCCCAUGUGGGCGGGGCCUCUACUCCCCUGCUGCUCCUGCUGUCCCUGCCUCUGGGGGCCAAGGUGCUCCUCCUCCUCCUGCUGGGGGGGGUGUGGGCGGUGCAUGGCGUCCGCUGCUGGAGGAAGUAACCUGCUCUGGUUUUAAAUUGAAAAUGUUUAACCCCUCCUUGUGCUCGUUUAUCCUCCCUUUACUGUGGUUCUCUGUUUUAACUGCUUGCACAUUAACACAAUGCAUUUUAAGAAAAUAUUCACAAAGCAUACAGAACACAAUAAACACAUCUAGGUACAUAGAUUAACUAUGGAAAAGUUGACAAAUCCGAAAUAAAAUAAUAAUAAUAUUACAAAUAAAAGAAUGGAUACAUUAUUAAUACUCAGGUAUACAUUAAUUAACUUCAUUAUAUUGUUCUAUACUUGACCACAUUUUAUUUAACUCCCUUUUAAGUUGUAAACAAUUACUCAUAAUACUGGUAAACAUGAAUAACUGCAGUGAAUAUACAAGGAAUAGACACUGAAAAUGUAUUCAAAAAUUUACAUUUGAUCGAUUUCGAUAUAGGGUUACUGUAUAAAACACCCCCAUUACUUGGACUAUUCCUUGCACCCCCUAGCAUAAGCCCGAAUGGUGUCAACCACAGUGCAGCGCUAACGUGCACUUAUUGUCAUAACAAGAUCGCCAGGACACCAGUAGCGAUGGACAAUCGGGAGUGUUGUUCAAUUUGUGUGUUGUGGACAUGUGUGCGUGC